GCCGAGGAGGCCAAGGCCGCCGCCGCCGCCGCCCUUUCCGGGUCCGCUGCGGCGGCGCUCCGAAGGAAGCCAGGGAGUGCCGUCCGCGUACCGGCCGGCCUGGCGCCGCUCUUCCCCGUGACCGCCCCGCUGGUGCUGCUGCUGCUGGGCCGCCGCCAGCAUCGCCGGUGUUGGGGCUACCGCUACUACUCCGCCCCGCCACAGCCGCCGCCUUGCCUCGUCUCCCGGCCCCUCCUCGCCGCCGCCGCCGCCCGCUGCCGGUCGCCGCCCGCCCCCGCCAUGCCCGGCCCGGCCGCCGGGAGCCGGUCCCGCGUCUACGCCGAAGUCAACAGCUUGAGGAGUCGCGAGUACUGGGACUACGAGGCGCACGUCCCCACCUGGGGCCAGUGAAGAAAAAGAAGAUAAAACGAGAAGUUAAGAUUCUGGAGAACCUGCGAGGUGGAACAAACAUCAUUAAACUGAUUGACACUGUCAAGGAUCCAGUGUCAAAGACUCCAGCUCUAGUGUUUGAAUACAUCAAUAAUACAGAUUUCAAGCAACUGUACCAGAUCCUGACAGACUUUGAUAUCCGGUUUUAUAUGUAUGAAUUGCUCAAGGCCUUGGAUUACUGUCACAGCAUGGGAAUCAUGCAUAGAGAUGUCAAACCUCAUAACGUCAUGAUAGACCACCAACAGAAAAAGUUGCGGCUCAUAGACUGGGGCUUGGCAGAAUUCUACCAUCCAGCUCAGGAAUACAACGUCCGUGUGGCCUCGAGGUACUUCAAAGGGCCAGAGCUCCUCGUGGACUACCAAAUGUACGACUAUAGCUUAGACAUGUGGAGCUUAGGCUGUAUGCUGGCCAGCAUGAUCUUCCGAAAAGAACCUUUCUUCCAUGGUCAAGACAACUAUGACCAGUUGGUUCGCAUUGCAAAGGUUCUGGGUACAGAUGAAUUAUAUGGUUAUCUGAAGAAGUACCACAUAGAACUGGACCCCCACUUCAAUGAUAUCUUGGGACAGCAUUCACGGAAACGUUGGGAGAACUUUAUCCAUAGUGAAAAUAGACACCUGGUCAGUCCCGAAGUCUUGGAUCUUCUGGACAAACUUCUACGAUAUGACCAUCAACAGAGGUUGACAGCCAAAGAAGCUAUGGAGCACCCCUAUUUCUAUCCAGUUGUGAAGGAGCAGGCCCAGCCCAGCUCCGACAGCCCCGUGCUCUCCAGUGGCCUCACAGCAGCACGAUGAAGUUUGGGGGAACGACGGGUCUGUCUGGUGCUGUUCUCCCAAUUUUCCAUAAGCAGAACAAGAACCAAAUCAAACGUUUUAAUCUGCUUGUGUACAGAGAUGGUGGUGUGCAGCUUCCAGAUGUCGUCAUCCGAGUGGCAGGUUACGGGAGCAAGGACUGCGGCAGUAGCGGCAGCUGAUGGGAUCGAACAGCAUAUAAAAACACAAACCUUAACUUCUGUCUUUGACUUCCUGUUGACCUCUUCCUGACCAAGAAAGCAUGGGAAAUGUGAAGGGUAUGCAAAACGGCUGUUGGCUCAGGUGACCUCCCUGAACCCAGCCCAGUGUAUGGUGUUCUGACCACCUGGCUCCUGUUUUGAGGGCUGGGGGAGGAGGGUGGGCCUGUGGCAUGAUGGACAGUUCUAUAUUAAGAUAAUUAUAUAUUAUUGAAUAAAAGUUUUAAAAGUAAA